AUGGCGGCAUCCAUGGCAUCCCAGGCUGCAACGAGAGGACUUAGGGCAGCCACGCCAAAGCAUCUACUUAUUAACAAACUCAAGUACAACUGGUUAAGUCCUAAAAGAUGGCUGAAUCUUCAAGAGUACCAGAGCAAAAAGUUGAUGCAAGAGUGCGGUGUGGCUGUCCAACGCUUCUUUGUAGCUGACACUGCCUCUGAGGCUUUGGAGGCUGCAAAGAGACUCGAUGCCAAAGAGAUUGUGUUAAAAGCUCAGAUUCUGGCUGGUGGGAGAGGCAAGGGUGUGUUUGACAGUGGCCUCAAAGGUGGAGUGCAUCUAACGAAGGACCCAGCAGUUGUUGGUGAACUGGCCACUAAGAUGCUUGGUUUCAAUCUGACGACCAAGCAGACACCGAAAGACGGAGUGAAAGUAAAAACGGUGAUGGUUGCUGAGGCCUUGGACAUAAGCAGGGAGACUUACUUUGCCAUUCUAAUGGAUCGUUCAUGCAAUGGUCCUGUUAUGGUUGGAAGCCCCCAGGGAGGUAUGGAUAUUGAGGAAGUAGCAGCAAGCACCCCAGAACUCAUCUUUAAGGAAGUCAUAGAUAUAUUUGAUGGUGUACAAGACGACCAGGCAGUUCGCAUGGCAGCUAAUUUGGGCUUCAAAGGAACUCUGCAGAGACAGGCAGCAGAUCAGAUUAAAAGGCUCUAUGAUCUCUUCCUGAAAGUCGACGCCACUCAAGUUGAAGUCAACCCUCUUGGAGAGACUCCUGAAGGACAAGUGGUAUGCUUUGAUGCUAAGAUCAACUUUGACGACAAUGCAGAGUUCCGUCAAAAGGCUGUCUUUGCCAUGGAUGACAUGACUGAGAGUGACCCCACAGAAAUGGAAGCUGCCAAGUGGGAUCUCAAAUAUAUUGGCCUGGAUGGAAACAUUGCCUGCUUUGUUAACGGAGCUGGAUUGGCUAUGGCCACAUGUGACAUCAUUGAUCUUCAUGGGGGAAAGCCAGCCAACUUCCUGGAUCUCGGAGGAGGAGUCAAGGAAAGACAGGUGUAUGAGGCCUUCAAGCUUCUUACUGCAGACCCUAAGGUGGAGGCCAUCCUAGUCAACAUCUUUGGAGGGAUUGUCAACUGUGCCAUUAUUGCCAAUGGUAUCACCAAAGCUUGUCGAGAACUGGAACUAAAGGUGCCGCUGGUGGUCAGGCUUGAAGGGACAAACGUGCAAGAGGCCAAAAGGAUCCUGAGCGAGAGUGGCCUGCCCAUCACGGCCGCAGAUAACCUGGACGACGCUGCCAAGAAAGCGGUGGCCGCCAUCAAGAAGUAG